CACGUUUGUGGAAAGUUUUCUAUUAUAUCCCAGGAAGCAAAAGCGAACAGGAUCAAUAAUUUAAUGAGUGUUAGACAAGUGAAACUCUCCAUUUCGGACGAAAAAAUAGGGGGGAGGUUCGCUUAUGUAAGACAGCAACGGAAACUUUUACAGCUGAAGUCCCCUGCAAGGCCUGGCAUGUGAGACAACGAUGAUCCAGCCCCCAAAUACCACGCGGAUAUGAUAGGCUCUGAAAAGUAUGUGAGACACACCCAUAGGGUUAAUCUAAUUUAAAUUCACAGUACUCUCUCACCUGCAGUAACCCGUCAGCAGUGGCAUGUUAGAACUGGAUGGUCCCUUCAUUUCUAUUUCCACAAUCACUGCAUACACUGCGAAGACCUGUCGCAUUUCUUGCAUUCAGUCAAUUCCUUCAGUCCUUGUCGCUCCUUUUUGACACUCUUUCUUUUUCUCUAUCUAUGUGAUCAUGGCGAACACGGGGACUAAAAAGCAUUCAAUUUUUGAUAAGCAGGUAACACGCCAUCUUUCUUCGUCGACGAAUUUCGUUAACAGGAAGCAAAGGAUGUCACGCAAGGGUUGAAUGUACUUUACACACCUUCAAACUUCACUAAAGAACCAGCAAAAUGUAUAGAGUGAGUGCUGGCGACACCUACGAUCAAUUCUCUAUUUCUGCUGCUAUUCUGACCUUCUACACAGUAUCAUCGCGGUCCCUGGCCUGGGUGCCGAUACGACCCACGCUGUAAGAAAUACAAAUAUUUACAGAUCUCUUCUACACCCGCACUUUUUGAACGGAGAAACUUUUCUCAUAUCUUGGAACACUUACUGACUUGCGUGAUAGUGGAUCCAUAAAGGACCUGACAAAAAGGGGAAGUGGCAUUGGCUUAAAGAUGAUCAAAUGCUCCCAAAUGUAAUUCCCAAUGCAAGAAUUAGUGUCUUUGGCUACAGGUCUCAGUGGUUUGGUAAAGACGCUGUCCAGACCGAUAUCAAAGCGAUUGCAAAUGAAUUACUCGAGAGUAUUCAAGAAGAACGAGGUGUAGUACGUGGAUACCAAACUGUCAUUUAUGCUUUCACUUACAUUUCUUAUAGAGAAACGUGAAGAGGCCUAUCAUUUUUAUUGGCCACAGUCUUGGUGGACUUGUGGUUGCCAGAGUAAGUCAAGCAGAAUGCUGAUAUUACGUAUGAUUCUAACUUGAUUCGAAGGCAGUCGUGGACAGAGUCCUCAGGAGAGACGAAUUCCCAGACGUUGUAGAAUGCAUUGCUUCUUGCGUCUUCCUUGGGACUCCUUUCAGAGGCUCACCAGCCCAGCCAUACGCAAAGCUACUAGGGAUAGCUGGAGAUCCAGUAGGGGGUAUUGCAAUCUACAAUAACCUUUUAAAGAUUUUGAAGCAUGGAUCACCUGAGCUGGACGACCUCGCUCAUGAAUUCUUAGGAGUAUCAAGGAAGAUGUUUAUUCAUUUGGUCUGUUAUUACGAGACUGUAAAAAGCUCAGGGGUAUAACUUUCUCUCAUUCUUGUUAAACGAUCUUGAAUUUCACUAAUUCAUCUCAAGACCGUUAUAGCCAGUAAAGAGUCCUCAAAUUUCGAGGGUCACGAAAACCAUCCUUGUGAUCGAACACAUGAGGAGAUGAACAAGUUCGGUGGACCCAAAGACGCCGCCUAUAGAGCGCUAUCCAAUAAAUUGAGGAGAAUUAUGUUGAACGAAUGGCCCAAAAUCCAGAAACUACGAAAUUGUGGGCCUUGUCUUUAUUUUGAGGCCAUGACUGAGCUAACAAGAACUAGCAUCUCAAGUGAAAUUCGAUGACAAGGAAGUUAAAGUCAUUCUUGAUUCCCUUGAAGGUAUCAACCCAAAAAAAGAUCUAGAAGCAAUCAGAAAAGGCCAAGGAAGUCAAUCGUGGAUACCGAAAGAUCCAGAUUAUCAAAAGUGGAAAGAUUACCCUACCUAUCAAAACAUCUUGAUCUCAGGUGGGCCCCCCAAGGGGAAAGCGAAGGCGGCAAUCUCAAUCGUAGACGACCUGGAUAGUCUGAUAAAUCAAGUUCCAUACCGAGACGACUCCCCAGCACUUACUUAUUUCUUCUGCGAUGAAAGAGAUGUCGACAAGAGCAAAGCAAUAAAUGUUCUCAAGACGCUAAUCUGGCAAUUGCUGUCGACCAAACCAUUUCUUGCGCGUUAUUUUUCCACUGAGAAUGAUUCUCAAAAAGGUUCACUCGAGAGCGCAUCCUUGCCAGAACUAUGGAGGUCCUUGACCAACGCUUGUUUAGACAGAGAACUUGGCACCGUCUACUUUGUGGUCGCUGGUCUUGAUCAGAUUGAUUCAGCGUCGCGUAAGGUGUUCCUAGAUCUGCUCAUAUCUUGGAAUCCACCGGUAAUGGAAGAUGAGGAUCAGAGUCCCCCAGUGAUCAAGUGGGUUUUCUUGAGUGCAGCAAAACCGGAUAUUGAGAUGGCAUUACGUGGUGCUAUUCGUAUCAACCUGGAUAAUGGAAGCAAUUUGGAAGAGCAAAAAAAAGAGCUUCAUUCCAUAAUUGGCUACAAGAUCAGGGAGAUUUCAAUGAAAAACGGCUACAGUCGCUCCCUGGAAUAGUGAGCAUUCCCUGCCCUUUCUCAGAAUAAAACGAGGAAAGUCUAGCUAACUAUGUGCCAACCAUAGCUAUACCAAGAGUUAUAUUGCUUUUCGUGCAGAUGGGAAAUCAAACUACGAUUGGGUAAAUCUUGUCUGCAAAGAACUUGAGUAUGAUAAACCUCAGUACAAUUAUAUUCGGAGACAUCUGGAAAGCUUGCCAUCAGAUCUUCAGCCAAUGUACGAACAUCUUUCGAAGCGCGUAAGUUUAACAAGCAUCCCUACUACACCGACUUCUGGAGGACAAAAGAAUUGGCAGAGCUUCUUUUUCUUUCUAUUGGCGUAAGGUGGUCCAAAGCUUUUGGAUACUUUGGAAAGUCUACAGUAGGACAAAUACCGUAAGCGUUCUAGGUUGUUCGGUCAAUUGAUGUAUUUAUCCUAAAUAACUAAAGUAGGGAAGUAUUUUGAAUCAAGUUACGCCAGAAUGGGAUCCUCUGUCAUUCUUGUUGUCCACUGAGAGCUGGGCUAAAUGUUCCUUGCUGACAAUAACUUAGAUUUCUAAUAGCCCAGACGACAAACUAGAAUGUAGUAAGGAAAUCCUCAGAUGUUUGCUUCUAGUCGAUACACCACCUACAUUGUUUGAGCUCGCAGUGAUUGCAGAUCUUCCGAUAGAACAACGAAGGGAUGAGGAAGCGAUUAACGAACAUGUGGCAAUUUGUGGUGCAUUCGUCGAUAUUUUCGAAGAUUAUGAGGGCAUAUCGAGAGUUCGUACGAGUAACACUUCUGCUCACACUUAUUUGGAUUCGAAGUCGGAGCAAUGGCUCUCGAUGCCUUCUAAAGUAAUUGACUCGAUAAUACCUUUUCAACCAUAGAUACUGUACUAAUGGUGAGCUAGAAAAUUCAACAUGGAAUCAUCGCUCUACGAUGUCUCGAAUAUGUCCGGUCACACAUCAAAGAGAAAGCCCGAGACCACGAUCUCGGUGAAAAUCAAGAUAAUGAAGAAGAGCAGGGGCCUGACGAGGAAGAGACAGAGAAUAGCGAUGACGGGGAACAUGAGGACAAUGAAGCUGUUGAUGAUACACUGGCUUAUCCCUAUAUGAAAUGGAUUGAGCACGCGUUGAAAGCAACGCCUGAUAUCAUCGAAUGCUUCGAUCUACAUGAGGAGUUCUGGGAACUCGGUUCUGAAGACCGCCGAAAAUGGGCUGCGUUUUUUCAUGAAAAUGAUGGGGACUUUGAUGAGAACUUUUCAACCAUGAGCAUUGCAGCUUACUUUGGGUACAAUGAUUUUGCGGAUUCAGUUUUGAAGAACGAAUUACAUCUCAGAGAGCUCAGAAUGCCGAACAGCAGCGGAAAUUACCCCUUGUAUUGGUCAGUACUCUACCUAACUAUGUUGUUCAGUGGGUUUAUGGUGGCCCCCCAUUUGAAGUUCAUAGUGCUAACAGCCGGUGUUCUAUAUAGGGCUUGUGCCAAAGGACACAUAAAAAUGGUAGAUAAGCUGUGCAAUGCUGGUGCUGAUGUUAACGGCUAUCAAAACGACGAUGAAGCUGUUGGCCUCUCACCACUUCACGGUGCUGUUUUGUCCGGCAAAAUGGAGAUAGUUGAGUAUCUCCUCACAAAAGGAGCCAUCGUUGAUACUCCCAACUUAUCCCAUGGCACUGCCCUUUAUCUUGCAGUGGAAAAGGACUAUGCUCAAAUCGCAAAACAGCUCAUGAAGAAUGGAGCAAAUCCCAAUAGUAUAGGUGGAGACGAUGUACUUCCUUUGAAUGCCGCAGCUCAAAACGGAAAUCUGGAACUCAUUCAACUUCUCGUCCACCAAGGUUCCUAUAUAGAUUGUGAUAUUGAAUACUCGUGGGGCAAUGCUCUAGGUGUUGCGUCAUAUUAUGGCCACCCGAAAGUUGUUAAAUACCUUCUUUCAUUGGGGGCUGCUAUCAACAAAACAGAUGCGCGAGGAUUCUCGCCUCUGAAGUCUUCGGUCUCAACGGGUGCUCGAGGCAAUGAUGAAAUAGUUCGCCUGCUUCUUCAAUACGAUUCGGACCCGGAAUCUCAUAAUCUAGCGCUCGAGUCGGCCGUCGAAAAUAAUCUGUUGCAGUGUGUCAAGGUUAUCAUCGAAAGAUGUCCGCUUGUUUCUCAUAGAAAUCAUUUUGAAACUGCUGCCAAGAAUGGAUUGACAGGAAUUCUGAAGAUUCUGACAGGUGACGGAAUUCCUCAGGAAGUCAAAGAUAAAGCUUUAUAUGAAGCAACUGAUAAAGAACACUUUAGCACGGUUGAAAUGUUACUGAAUAUGGGAGCUAGCCGUAACGCCGAAGGCACCGAGUUAGUUUCUUUUCUAUCUUUACCCUGACCAACCUUCUUUCAUAGCAUUGACUAUAUCUUGUCUAGAUUUGGAGACGCCCUUCAAGCCGCGGCUUAUGAUGGCAAUGAGGAAAUUCUACGACUCCUUCUCGAUAGAGGAGCUGACCCGAACAAGACAUAUGGUGAAGAUACAUAUGGAACAGCACUCCAAGCCGCAGCUUUCGAAGGAACUCUCGCUAAUGUACAGCUACUGGUGGAGCGAGGUGCAUUGAUAAAUUUACCCAAGGUCGGAUUGUUUGGGAAUCCCCUAUAUGCCGCCUGUUCAACUGGCAGAGACGAGAUCGUUGAAUUCUUAAUUUCGAAAGGAGCAGACGUCAAUGCUGUUGGUGGAGUGUACGGUUACUCUAUCAUUAUAGCUUCAAAAAUCAGAUACCAAAAUUGCGUUGAGCUUUUGGUGAAGGCAAAAGCUGACGUAAAUGUCCGUGGGGGACCAGAUGGUAUCACACCUUUGAUUACCGCAGCCGCUGAACUCCCAGUUUCCACUGUCGAACUUCUUCUUGCAAAGGGUGCCAGGCUCCAUGAUGUUGAUAACGACAACAACAACGCAUUGCUUACGGCUGCAGCAUCAGGUGAUUACGAAUCCGUUGCUUUUCUGCUCGGCAAAGGGGCUAAUAUACAUCAUAUCGGGAAAUCGGGUGGUGCUCUCCAUCGAGCUGCGGCCAGUGGAACGCUGGAAUGUGUUCAAGUCCUGUUGAAUGAUGAUAACGAUAUUGAUGUCAAUCGGAGGGGCGGCAAAUACUUUACUCCUCUUCAAGUCGCUGCUUCUUUUGGAAGCUCGGAUAUAGUCGAAGCUCUUCUUGGUCACGGAGCAAUGUCCAUUCCAAAGGGGGUACUUAUUUCACAGCUCUACAAGCUGCUGCCGCUUCGGAUGAUGAAGCCACUGUUCGACUGCUCUUGAAGAAAGGAGCAAAGACGAGUGACAGAGGGGGGCGUCACGGCAGCCCAUUGCACGCUGCUGUUCGCGUGGACGCUUCAAUUGGACUAAUCGAUCUUCUUCUUGAGCACAGGGCCGAUAUAAAUGCUGUUGACGACCUCACUGGUAGCGUUCUUGCUCUCGCCGCUCGGCGAGCUGACGACGAAACGGUUAUCCAUCUUAUCGAGAAGGGAGCGGAUAUCAACUUGGCAGGUGGUAGAUAUGGUAACUUCAUUCAGGCUGCCGUUUAUAUAUGUCCGACAGACACAAUCAAGUCUAUCCUGAAAUAUGAGCCCGACUUGAACUUUCAAGGAGGUUAUUAUGGAAGUGCACUUGCGGCAGCGUCCUCAAGGAACGAGAAUGGGCUAGUAGACUUGUUAAACCAAAAACAGAAACCAACCCAACACAUACUCGACGAGGCAUUGUAUACGGCAGUUCAUUACCGGGAAUCCGACAACGUAGACCUGCUUCUUGAGCAUGGUGCCAGCGUGGUGGCUGAAGGCUGUGGACGUGAGAAAUGCAUCAUUGGCCGCUAUGAAUCCAUCCUUGAUGCACUUGAAAAUGAAAUGAGUAAGGAAGAAACUGCUCAGACGAACUUCGACGGUGAUAAGGAUGAGGUUGAGCUAGAAUUUGGAGCCAAAUCCGACGAUGAUGAUGAAGAUUCAGAGGAUGACUAUUCCUCACAGGUUUCGGAAGACAACGAUGAAGUUGAUAAAGCUUCAAAAAUUGAGAUUUACUUCGGAAUAAAGAACAUACUCACUACAGCUCUAGAUGCUCUCAAUCCGCAAAAGGACCAAGUCAAGGAGGUAAGUUCUAUCUUUCCAAUUCAUCUCAUCUUUGAUCAAGAACAACAGGCUAAUACCAUGAUUCAAUAGCCUGCGCCGGAAUAUAAAUCGUUUGAAGCCCCAAAACAGGAGUCUCAUAUUGUUCCAAAUGUUGCUCCAGGAGAACAGCAACUUGAAACAUCCAAGAAGCAGCCACAAUUGGGUAGGCCAGAGAAUACCGAUAGAACAGUCUCCGAGCCAUCAAUACCACCACAGCCAUCUAUUGCGGAAUUACCUGCUACAAGCACAACCAAAAGUUUUUCUUCAACAAAUCGAUACAAACGACCAACGAGAGAAGAAAUAGAAGCAAGGCCAUUCAACACGACGGUCCCUAAAUCUGAUCCAAAAGAGCGACCACCCAGGUACUCGUCUGAUUACUCCAUUGAGUCUCCUGUUGACACAAGAUCCCAAUUGCUGGGAUUACCUCCCAUUGUUUCGGCUGAGCUUGAAUCAUCACCUCCAAAGCGCCAUAAUCAACCAAUUCCUCCGCCCAAAGAGCCGCCAGCAAGGACUUCCAUCUCACAGCCAGCUCCAAACCAACCUGUCUAUGCAGCUUACCCGGGCCUUUAACAAGCACUUCCUCCACGGCGCCAAAUCUCUCCAGAAAAUCCACCAGGAAAAGCGGUUAUAUCACGUAGAUCUGUAGCAACGCCCUCCCCUCCUCCGUCCACUUAUCCAACCAACCCCGCUUUGAUGCCACAGGGACUACAGCUUCCAAAACGACCAGAAGUAACAGGUCCCCCUUCACCAUCUGUUUACGGGCAGUUCUCACCCUACUCCGGUGCACCAAAUGUUGCCAGUGUCAUAGCUGCAUCAAGACCAGCCAGUUCCUCGAUAUCUACCCCCGGCUAUUUUCCCCCACAAACAAAUACCGAAUACGCUUCAAGGCCAGCCCGAGCUUCUGUGUCGAGUUCAAGCUACUCGUCUGCCCAGCCAGCCGUCAACACUUCGAGACAAAGCCGAGCCACUGUAUCUAGCGCCAACAACCUCUCGUAUCCACGAUCCUCGAUACCUGAACGUUUUGUCCGGAUGCCUAGCCCAUCACCUCCGUCUAGCAUGGGAAGCUACAACCCAUCAAGAAUAGAAUACGCGCCUGUAUCUACGUCAGGAUACCCUUCUCCACAGCCAGUAUCUAGUCCUCCCUCAUGGCAGAGUCGAUCAUCUGUCUCUAGCUCUCAAACUAACCCCCCUCCUUAUCCUGGGGCUUCGACGACAGAUUACUUUGGAGCAUCAUCUCAAGGCUCUCCUGCGCAACCACCGUAUAACAUGAAUGGUAUACCUUACGCUGCGUAUAGACCAAGUCAGAGCUCUAGCCAGAAUUAGAAUCAGAACCAGACUCAGAAUCCGAAUCCGAAUCAGAGUCAGAAUCAGAACACUAAUCCGAAUCAAAUUCAGGGGCUCGGCUACGGACGCGGGGCUCCACAACAGCCAAGGCCAAAUCUGC